AUGGCUCCCAUCAAGCAAACCGUUCGGGGCCCAAAAGCUCCGGCCACCGCCUCGUCUCCAGCUCUGCCUCCGGCCACCCGUCCUUCUCGGCAUUCCAAUCACCUCCUACGCCCUCGGGAUUCUGGCCCUCCUAGCUCCGCUGAGCAUCCUCAGGCCUUGCCGGAUUCGCCAUCUCAGUCUCCGGUCCCCACUCCAUCGUCGCUUUCUGGGUCCGAGCACUCCUCCGACGCCGCUGCAUUUUCCGAUUCAGCUGCUUCUGAGCCUGCCCCUGCCUCUCCUUCACCGGCUCCCACAUCGCAGCGCCGCUCGUCUAGUCCUCUCUUGCCAGCUCCACCAUCCAAGAGGCCUCGAUCUUUCGGCUGCUCUACCCCGUCCUCUUCUCGGCCGACCAAACCUCCGAAAACCCAUAAGGAUUCUCGAUUUGUGACGCAUACUCAACGGGUUGAUUAUGAAAAAUAUACUUUCUUGCGUCCUGUGGUUUAUGAAAAGUGUUUUAAUGUGGCUGAAUUGGAUGUGUUGCCUGCUCCUAACCUUACUGUGGUUAGAGAGUUCUAUGCCUGUUGUUCUCCCAAUAUGCCUGCGCAGAUGUCUAAGAUUGAUCAAGAGCUUGCAGCUUUGUCCAUUGAUACUGUUGUGGCUGCCCUUUAUGAGGAUCAUCCAGAUGCCACUCCCGUGGAGCUUUCAGCUGGUGCUCUUAGUUAG